CACCUCAUCAGUGAGACAUCCUGAAAAGAUUGUCUAUUCCUCAUCAUGGGUCAGUGACUGUCCGUUACUUCUUGUGCUUACAGGUUUGAGUCUGUCGGCCAUGUGGACGUGUAUUGCACAUACUGGCUACUUCGUGCUGUGUGCAGUGCUGCUGACGUUCCUGCGUUGUCCAGGUUUCUCUCGAGCGAUGCUGCUGCUCACCGUGCCUCUCAAUGCAGUGGCCGAGGUCAACCAGCUGCCAGUGCUGGAUCUCUGCAGCCUCAGCCUGCUGCUGCUCACUCUGUCUCUGGGUCACUGGUUUGUGAAUCAGUUGUGGGCGUGUUUCAAGAUCAGAGGAAAGCCAGCCGUCCCACUCCCGCUGCCUCCGGCUCCAUGUGACAUCGUGGAGCCGCAGAAGCAGCAUGUUUCAUCCUGCCACUCAUAUCCACCAUCCUCUACACCACAGAAAGAUGAAAAAGAUGGCUUCAUGGAGCAGGAUGACCUGCUGAAUCAGGAAAGCUUCAUAUCAGGCGACCUCGGCAUAUCAGCAGUGUCUCCCCUUCACAGGAAGCCGAUACCAGAGUCCAGGUUCAUGCCAGUAAUUGGCACACCCAGUCACUCCACCCCAAGGCUCAUACCACAGCCAAUUCUGUCAUUGGCUCUGACUGAUGAUAUACCGCCCAGAAACCUGGGAGGAGUUUUUGAUGCAGUGAACGACUCCCGUGAUUUAAUGAAUGACUCAAGAAGUGCGAGUCCUACCCCAUCACUAGUUAGUAACAGCUCCCUGUCAGGACGUCAGCUGUGUAACGGAAUCACAAAAACAAGGAAGGCCUGUAAGAAGAGAGCCGUGCCGGGACAGGAGUACUGCAGAGUCCACGAAGGGGGGCACACCUCCUACAUUCAUUCCUGAAAAUGCUCAGCUUCCCUUCUCAGCUCGUUUAACUGUUUUCUUUGUUUUAGAGACUUUUAUGCAAAAGUGAACUGUUACUGUGUCUUUGUUGUUAAGCUCUGUCUGCUUUGCUAAACAGGCGCUGUGCUUGCAGAUUUUUUAAAUUGUACUUUUAUAUUCUUAUUUCCAUGUCUUAAAUGUUCAUUUUAAGUUAAUAAAUUAUUUCUUUAC